AUGUCUUCGACAUUUUCAUUCCUUCACCUCCCACCGGAGGUUCGGAAUAGGAUCUAUGCGCAUUAUGUCACUGUCAAGGGGGGCUAUGUCUUCAACUUUGAGUCGGGCAAACUGGUGGCUGCUGGUAGCGAGGGGGACACGCAACCAAUCGACCAGGCCUUGAAAUUCACAUGCAGGCAAGUCGCGGAAGAAAUGAGAGGAUUGGAUCUCGCAUUAAAUCUCAUUACUUUUUCGACUGGCUACUCUGACGAGUGGCGUGCCAGCGCAGCUGCGUUCCAUUUUUGUCAUGCUUGGAAUGACUACAAGCUCCUCACUUGGCUUUUUCUCCCGGAGGAUAUAGAGGGAGGAGGUGAGGGGCAGGAAGGGAGUGACUCCAGUGCAGGGGAUCAACCCAAUAUCGUCGGCGAAGAGCUUGGAGAGAGCGAGAGCGAGAGUGAAGAGGAAGAUGAAGACGAGAAUGAGGACGGCGACGACAGUGAUAGUGAGGGCGACAGUCAAGGUAUGGUAGUACCAUCCUUUUCAAGAACAAUAGCCGAGCAGGUGGCACAACGAUAUCCAAAAUUCGAACCGGUUCUUCAAGCAAUUCUACAAGGCAUGGAUCCUUCCGAGGUUACGAGCUACUAUGGUAUAGUACCCUCGUACAGGCGGCAGGCGGUCAUGUACACGCUUGAACUGGCUAUCAGGCAAGGAACCAUUCCAAAGGACUGGCUUGGAAACCGACAUAAUGAUCCUGUCGAACUUCUGGCUCUUUUUGAGGAGUUUCCCCCGUGGAGCUGUUGUCUUACCGAAGAUGAGAUUCACGAAAUGAGUUCUCCGCCUGUUGCCAGGAAGCAAUUUUGCUGCUACUGGAAAGAACCUCAUAUUGAACAAAAUGGACAACGCCAAUACACCCAGGGCAAGUAUCGGUUUUCGGCGGCAGCGGUAGCCACACGAUUUCUUUCCAGGAUGCCCAAAUCCCUACGGCUUUGUCUACGGAACAUUCGUCUGCGCGAGGAUGCAGUGAGCGUGGCUAAUCCCGAAUGCCAUGCCCAAGGUCUUAUCGAAUUCUGUGUUGAAAACCCCAAACUACACAUCGAGCGCCGCCUUGAUUUAUGGAGAAAUGUUUUCCAGUCCCCAUCCAUGGCGAUGGAUAUAUUGGUCUUCAUCUUCGAAAACCAAUGGGAAUGGAGCAAUCCCGAUGAUACCGGCAGAGGUCGAGGAUUAUGCUCUUACUCUCUCACGGAGAGCGUCGCUCUCUGGAUUACAGAAGCAUUGGCCCUUGUUGGCCUUGGUAUGCCUAAGAAAUCCUUUACCUUGAUUCUUGAUGCGGGAGAAGCGCAAAAAGAAUGCGCCGAGAUCUUUCAAACAAUUGUCCAGCGCGAUGCUGCUUGGCAAACGGCGUGGGAAAUGAUAGCAUCUGAGAGCUAUCCGGAAGAAACAUUCUUCACUAAGAGAUUACAUCGUUGUUACCGGUUCGAUGGGUUCCCAGAGGCAAUUAAAGAUAUGAUCAACAAUCCAUCUGGGUUUGUUCAAUGCACGUUUGACAUUGGCGCAGACCUCUGGGAUGCUCAUACGGAAUUUCAAAAAUAUCGUCACCUUCCGCUUGAAGAAUCCAUCGCUCUCCCCAUCGAGAAGGGAAUAUACAUCCAGCCGCCCCCACCGCUCCCAGGCUGGAGUGCUCUCCUCGCAGAAAACAUAUUGCCAGAGUUCUUUACUAAUCAAGAAUUAAGGCGAAUUGACCUGAGUGAUCGAUGGUGGAUCGAAGAGGAGAAGACCGCGAGUAAUGAGGAGUACGAAGAAUUCAUGGCAGGCAGACGUGAGGCGGAAACAGAGAUAGAGGAUCUUAAGGCAAAGAGAGCAAAGCUGUCGGUGGAAAGGCUCGCUCAUGGUUUUGAGUUUUUCGGUGUGUAG